AUGUUCUUAUCACAUUACUCCGAUGUCGUUCAUCGGCGAAUCACCAUCAUGAAACCUCUUGGAUUACUUUUUACAUUAGCGGCUCUGUCUCUUUCGGAGGGAGCACUUCUGCAUCUGCUAAAGUCUGGUUUGGCUUUAAAAACGCACAUUAUUUCUGCGAAAAGUUCGAAGGUAGUUCAACCGGUGGCGUUGAAAUUGUAUGUGGCAUCUAAACCUUACCCACCAGCGAAACAACCAUCCAGCCACUACGGAGAAAUUGAUGUAAUUUCGCAAACAACAGUUCGACCAACAAUUCACUACCCGUUACCGCAUGAGCUACCAAAUCGUUUCGGAGAUAUAUCAACGUUACCACCAACAACCACACCGGUAGUACCACCAACUACAACACAAAUUUCAUAUCCUUACCCACCGGCAAAUGAAGUGUCUAGUCACUAUGGCGAAAUAGCCUCGAUUUCAACGUUACCACCUACCACUACUACUCAACCACCACCAACAACUACCACUGCACAGCCUCCGCCAGAAACUACCCUACCGCCGUAUGUUCCACAUGAUAUCUAUGGCAUUCCUGCGAUCCAACCAGUAAUCGAGCCUCAUGAAACGUAUGGACCUCCAACCGAGGAACCUCCACACAAUCCCGAAGAUUGCCCACUCACCGUUCUACAGUCUAAUCUUUACAAUCUGGAGAAUACUUUCGGCGAUAAUCCAUCCAGCCACGUUAUAGUGUACCCCGCUGUUCCGGCCAACCCGUCGUCUCCGGGGCAGGAAAGCUAUUGGCAAACUGUGAUUAGCUCGUCACCUUCAACCAUAGAAGUGGAGGAUCCCAGUCCGCAAAUAAUCGGUCAAAACUGGGAACAACCGGCUCCGAAUCCCGACAAUUUAAAUGCGCCUUCACUUUCUAACAACCAGAUUCCAGCUGGUGCUGAAGGCCCAGCUGCAAUCUGGUCUCCUUCAAAUAUUCGGGGUCCAUCGGAUCAGCCUGCUGUCAGUCCCUCGAUUUGGAGCGGAUCUCCUUUUGAAAGACCAGCAUCUCUCUGGGCACCUUCUAGUAAUCAGAUUCUACCAGAACAAUCAUCUCAGAACGCCGAGGCAGUCUGGUCUUCUUCAAACAUUCAGAGCUCAUCAGAACAAUCAGCUCAGAACCCUUCGAUUUUGGGACUGUUCGAAGUUGAAAAUCCAUCAGCUCCACAAUCUUCUUCACAACAACCUGCACAGGAUCCCUCAAUUUGGAGCGGGCCCUUUAUGGAUGAUCCUUCCGUAAGCUGGUCUCUUCCAAACGAUCGAACACCACCUGAACAGCCAGCUCCGUACCUUCCGGCCUUGACCGUUCCUGCAGUCGAAGACCCAACACUACACGGCGAUUUCAAUCAGAUUGGAGCUGCCUGGUACCCUCCAAAUCAAGAGAUCGUUCCUGCCCCUCAGUAUGGAGCACCCUAUUGA